AUGGCCGACACUACGAUUGCCCCGGCUAUCGAGGACGCCACUGUCGAUGCCCCUGCUGCAACGGGCAAGCAGGACAUCAACCCGUGGUCCGUGUCUGGAGAGGUUGGCGAGGACGGAAAGGUCAAGGCCAUUGACUACCGAAAGCUGAUUGACGAGUUUGGCACCAGCUUGAUUGACGAUGCGCUGCUGGAGCGCUGGGAGAGAGUGACGGGCAGCAAGCCGCAUCGGUUUAUGCGUCGUGGGAUUGUCUUUAGCCACAGAGAUCUCACCACUAUCCUGGAUCGUUAUGAGAAGAAUGAGCCCUUCUUCCUUUAUACUGGACGGGGUCCCAGCAGUGACAGCAUGCACAUUGGACACACCCAAGUGUUUGACUUUGUCAAGUGGCUCCAGGAUGUACUUGAUGCACCCCUGAUUAUCAUGUUGACAGAUGACGAAAAGUUCCUCUUCUCAGAGAAGCGAACAAUCGAGGAGGUCAUGGGCUAUACUCGAACCAACGCCAAGGACAUCAUCUCUGCUGGCUUUGACCCCAAGAAGACAUUCAUCUUCUCAGACUACGAGUUCAUGGGCGGUGCCUUUUACAGGAACAUUUCAAGAUUCUCAAAGCGAGUCACAUUCAACGUGGCCAAGGCCGUAUUUGGCUUUGACGGAAGCUCAAACAUUGGCAAGAUUCACUUCCCUAGUAUUCAGGGUGCUACAUCCUUCGCCACAUCAUUCCCCCACAUCUUUGGCGAAGACGAGAAGAAGACGGCCAAGAUUCCUUGCCUGAUUCCUUGUGCUAUUGAUCAAGAUCCUUAUUUCCGUCUGACGCGAGACUGCGCCGUCAGCCUCAAGUACGCCAAGCCAUCUCUGGUGCACAUGAGAUUCUUGGAUGCUUUGCAAGGUCCGGGCUCCAAGAUGUCGGCCAGUGACGACACCUCUGCCAUCUUCAUGAAGGAUACGGCAAAGGAAAUUAAGAACAAGGUCAACAAGUACGCUUUCUCGGGAGGCCGGGAGACUGUCGAGGAGCACCGUGAGAAGGGAGGCAACCCUGAUGUUGAUGUUGCAUACCAAUACCUGCAGUUCUUCCUGGAAGAUGACGAGGAACUGGCCAAGAUCAGGGCUGAGUACUCAAGCGGCAAACUUCUGACUGGCGAGCUCAAAGCAAUUUGCAUCGCCAAACUCCAGGAGUACGUCGGCGCAUUCCAGGACAGAAGAGCCAAGGUUACGGACGAGGUCGUCAAGGAUUUCAUGGCCAUCCGCCCGUUGGAAUGGCAAGGCAACCCCAAGGUCCCUCGCGCUGACCUUGUCGUACCGGUGGUAAAGGCGGACGAAGCCGCGGCGGAUGGUUCAGCAGAGGGAGGUGAGAAGAUGACCAAGAACCAGCUGAAGAAGCUGCUGAAGGAGCAGCAGAUUGCGGCUAAGAAGGCGGAGAAGGCAAAGCAGAAGGAGGAGACUAAAUAG